GUCAUCGAAAGUCAAUAUCACUUCUUGCGCCGCUCAUGCCUAUCAUAGGACCCGCUUGAAUGCGUUGACGCGGCGACGAGUACCAGAAGGUAACAUAUUCCCAUUGGUCUCUGUCCAGGGCGACAGAUAUCAACGCACAUGACCUCUCAUGCUUCAACAAGUCUCACGGAACGAGAUCAUUGCAUAUGCGGUGUCAGCCUUGCACCCUCAUACUCGAGUAUGUGGUCGCAUGCGGCCUUUCCUAAAGCGACCAUGCAGUCCCGCCCCCGACCCCAUACGCUCUAGCGACCCUACGCGCCGUCGCCCAUGGCUCCCGACGUUCGCUUCCCCGCAUUCUGUUCGGUCUAAGGAGCCUCAAACGGUUUCGCUAAUGCAUGAUGACUCGAGAAUGCAAGAACGACGCAGUUGUGCCUUGCAGCUCGAUUACCGCUCCACUGACCUCCGCUCCACAGCCUCUCCACACACGAACCAAGCCAGAACUAAGCCAGGACCCUCUAAUGAUAGACUGCUUCUUCCUAUCUGCCCGAUUCUACUACGAACCGUCCGUUGCCGACGCUGCAUUUGUCGAGGACACUCUUCAGGUCCGAGAAUGAAUGCGAGACAUAGCACGGGAUUGCUUUACGCGAUGAGGAAAAGCGGUAUUUUGUUCUUGGAACUACUAGUCCGACUGACGACCCAUCCCGCGCGGGAUUGACGGGUUUAUCGCGAGAGCCUGCGACAUGAUGUUGGAAUCGGAGCGGGUCUGGUUCGUUUGUAGGGCCAUCCGUGGUUGUCCCGCGGGCGAUGGCACCGCGGUUGGAAUGAUAAGAGGUAAGUGCGAGAGAAGACGGUUUGAUGACCGCAUCGCGAGGUUGCAGUGACCG